AUGCCGAUCUCUCUCAAUACAAUAACUAGAAUCUGGAAUCCACACCGUGGAAUCCAGAAUCCAAGACUGUCUUUGAAUAAAUUAUACAUGGGGCGAGAAAUAGAAGAAAAACGUCGGUACUUCUAUGAAAACGUGACUUGCCGUGGUACUGAGAAAGACGCCGGACGCGGCACAGAAGUCAUGGAGAUCGAAUAUUUCUCAUCCUUCGCUAUCUUUGUGACUGUGCUUCUUUCAUUAGUGGCUAUCAUCGCAGUACCUGGUAAUGGGUUCGUUCUUGGUAUCAUUGUGCGGUUUAAAAAGCUUCGAACCUUUCCGAACAUUCUGAUUGGCAAUCUGGCGUUGAUCGACUUUUUCAACGCACUCAUGAACGUACCUAUGUACAUACUUUGGCUUGUUGUGGAUGUCAAAUGGUUUACUGGAAAGACUUUGGCGAUAAUGUCGCUUUUUCUAUGCCACCUUUUCAUCCUCCUUAAUAUCGUCUCCACGCUGGUUCUGCUUGGAAAUGCGCUUUUAGCGAUAGAACUUGACGUGAAAUAUUUCACCUGGAAGACGACGGAAAAAGCGAUGACAAUAGUCAUGGUUGUAUGGGUGGUCUGUCUAUUCGGCACUGGUUUGUUGACGUGGUUAUAUUGGGAUAUGGAUCUUCAAGAUGCUCCUCUUUCCAAAUAUCGCAUUGCCUUCUCACUUAAAUCCCAAGGAUGCUUGACAGCAAUCAUGGCAUCAUUCAUAGUCACUUCAAUCGUAUUUGGAGUCCUGGCUUUCCAGUCAAUUCAAAGGAAGAAACGGCAGGUAAGAUUAAAGCCUUCUUUUUUUUAAAAAAAAAAAAAAAGAAUUCUUAUAUAGCCCUUAUUUUGCACAUUGGAACUAUUUCGGGUUUAUCGUUAUUUUCACUGGAAAGCUACUCAUAGAAAAUGUAUGCAAUGAUGCUCUGAAUGAUCACUAUUUAUAUCCAAAAACAAAAAAGCUAUCAACUAAAACUAUAUAAGCAAACGAAACUAUACAGACCCAACACGAUGGUCUUUCGAAAAUGAUCAAUGAUGUUCAGAGAAGAGAUUUUAGGGGACCGUGGGGGAAGGAGGGCGGCCUGCCAGCAAGCUCUCCUGGCAGUAGGGGUGGGGGAAGGAAGAGGGAAACUACCACCUCCCCAACCCCCGUACCCCCGGGAGAGCUAACUCGCAAGCUGGGAGGAGGGAAACGCCUGAUACUCAGGUUACCAACUUCCCAAAACACUAAAGUAUACCCAGUCAAAGCUUUCUCCUCCGCAGAGGUCUUCUUUAGGGAGCUUUAGCAACGACGACGGCGACGGAAGGGAGAACGUCAAAACCUUUGAAUAGGCCAGGUUUGAUUGGCAAAACAACAACUAUGCACAUGUAUCACGCUUGUUUGUACAUUUCUUUGCCGUCACUGCACGACUACGACGUGAAAAUGCCUAACUUCACGUUUUAUGGAGUACGUAAACAAGCUACGACGAAAUUUUCUUUCUCUUUCUAAACUUGAGUGCAGUCUCCAAGAAAUCAACUCCAGGGAAAUUUGCCAGCCUGCGUUGCAGCCGGCCCACGCACUCGUCUUUAUGUAUACAUGACCACUGUUUAGGGUGAUGUUUACUGGACAUAAGAAAAAUUUCUAUGGUUUGUCCUUUUUUUUUUAUAGAGAAAGCAGUUGAAUCUACCUCGACUUCAAGCUGAUACCAGACUCCAACAGGAUAUUCAGGCAACCAAAACUAUCGCCAUUACUGUACUCGCAUUCCUGGCGUGCUAUAUUCCGUCCGUUUGCAUUGGAGCCUGGGUUCAUCCAGAAGCUGAUGCCACCGUUAUGCCUUGGCCUGGUCACGUGGCCUACCUAAGCAUGUUCUUGUCCAGCGGGAUCAACCCUAUCAUCUAUUGCUACCGAGUCAGAAGAUUUCGCUGCGCAUUGAAACAACUUCUUAACGAUCCCUGCGGAAAAACAGCUUUCCAAGAGGCGGACCAAGAUCAACGAUUCAAAGAAAAUAAGCUGCAUCACAGUUCAAGACGAAAAAAAAUCGUGGAUAAAUUUGACGAGGACAGACUCCUGCUGUUUCGAAAUUCAAGCCGCUACACGAGAAGAAUGGCUCUUACAUUUCAAGUGCUCGAAACGAAGGAAAGCAGU